GCGCUGGAGCUGGGAGAGGGGCGGGCGCCAUUGUGCCUGGUGCAGGCACUUUUUCCGCGGGAGGAGGAAGGGUACGGGGAAGCCGGACGCUACGAGGAGGAGACGGAGACUCGCCCAGCGUCGUGCCUGUUGGGGGCCAGAGGGUUAUGUGCGUCGGAGACAACCUUAAGAAUGGAAUCCAAACCUUCAAGGAUCCCUAGAAGGAUAACUGUUGAGCCCUCCAGUUCUUCCUUAAGUGCUCGAACUGUAUCUGGAGGCAGAGGAAAUGGUAUGAGUGAUGCAUAUCACCCAAGAGAAUCUCCAUUCAGACUGAAUUCUGAGCAUCAGGAGUCCAAUCUGUUGCAUACUUCUGGUAGAGACUGGGGAUUUGGAGAAAGAGAAGCCCAUGAAACUCCAUGGAAAUUUACCAGUUCCUCUCCAACUCACUUCUCAGGAACAUUUGAGCGUCCAUGGUCUGGAAGCUUUUUGGGAAGUAGAAGCAGAUUGGCAACAUCAUCAUCACUGACUUCACCUUUUCAGUCUUCAUGGUAUGGUGAAUCUGAGAGAACCCAGGGGGCAUACCCAAGAUUGCAAAACCAGCAACGAGAACAUGAUUCAAAGAGGCCUAAGCUUUCCUAUACAAGUUGUACAACUACCUCAGCUGGGAGAAAUAAUGGAAGUGGUUUGAAUUCAAUAUCAGAUUCUUCUUGGAGACAUAGUCAGAUUCCCAGGUCUUCUUCAAUGGUACUUGGAUCACUGGGGACUGAAUUAGUGAGAGAAAGAAGAGAUCUGGAAAGGAGAACAGAUCCCUCUAUUAGUCUUAUGGAUUGUAGUCACAGGAGUGGUGAUUUUACAUCUUCAUCAUAUCUUCAAGAUAGAGUUGCUUCUUCAUAUUCUCAAGGAGCAAGACCAAAAGAGAAUUCACUGAAUACUUUGAGAUUAAAUACAUCAUCCAUGAACCGUCAAUGGCCUUCUGAACAUCAGUCCUCCUUUUAUUCCAGAGAACCAAGCAGAAAUUCUUCCAGAUCAAACUUUUCUCGAAGAGAAAUGGAAUCUCCCCAAAGGAGCGUACAGCAAGGUUUUUCUUACAUCCCAAAUAGAGAUGAAGCUCCUUCUGUUAGCAAUUCUGAAAGGAUUGGUUCAUCUCAAAGAUCAUUGGCUGAGCCUUCUAAUGACACUGAAGGAAGACGGACAACCAGGCAGUUGUUAUCUCGUCUAGCUUCUAGUAUGUCAUCUACCUUUUUUUCACGAAGAUCUAGUCAGGAUUCCUUGAAUACAAGAUCGUUAGAUUCUGAAAAUUCCUAUCUUGCCCCAAGAGUUCUGACUUCCACACAAUCUAGUGGUAGUGCAGCUUCAUCUUCUGAAGUUCCAGAUAAUAGAACACCUGAAUCUUCUCAGGGAUUUAGAUUUCUUAGGCGAAGGUGGGGUUUAUCAUCUGUUGGCCAAAAUCCUAACUCUGAGACUGGUUCAGAAAACUUUAGUCAAGAGUCUGAAAGUAGAAAUGCUGGUUCCUGGUUGUCCUCCUCUCUAAGAAAUAGAUGCACACCUUUAUUUUCAAGGAGACGUCGAGAAGGAAGAGAUGAAUCUACACGAAUACACACUACUGAUGUGCCAUCUAGACCUCAGCAUGUUUUGAGAAGAGAGUCUAAUGAAGAAGUUCACCUUGAAACACAAAAUGAGUCCCUUGGGACUACUGCCAACAGAUCACAAACCCCCACAGUACCCAGCAGUGCUGCUGCUUCUGCUGCUUCCACACCAGAUUUGGCUCACAGUGGAAGAAGUACAGGAAUAUCUGGAAUUCUUCCUGGUUCCUUAUUCCGAUUUGCAGUCCCCUCUGCGCUAGGAAGCAGUCUAUCCGACAAUGUCAUGAUCACUGUAGAUAUUAUUCCCUCAGGUUGGAAUUCAUCUGAUGGACAGAAUGAUAGAACUAAAACUCUACCUUCAAGAGAUCCAGAAAGGCUACAGAAAAUAAAAGAGAGUCUUCUUUUAGAGGACUCUGAUGAAGAAGAAGGUGAUUUGUGUAGAAUUUGCCAGAUGGCAGCUGCAUCCUCCUCCAACCUUCUAAUAGAGCCAUGCAAAUGCACUGGAAGUUUGCAAUAUGUUCAUCAGGAAUGUAUGAAGAAGUGGCUACAAGCCAAAAUUAAUUCUGGUUCAUCAUUGGAAGCUGUAACCACCUGUGAACUAUGUAAAGAAAAAUUACAGCUUAACCUAGAGGAUUUUGAUAUUCAUGAACUUCAUAGGGCUCAUGCAAAUGAACAAGUUAGUAUAUUUUGCCUAAUUUGGCGGAGUAUGAGUUUAUCAGCUCUGGUCUGUACCUGGUUGUGUUAUUGCAUUUAUGUGAACAAAGCUUUUCUGAUAUGCUGGGAACUGCAAGUGAAGCUAGCACGCGUGUCCGAUUUAUUAACCUUGCAAGAACUCUUCAGGCACAUAUGGAAGAUCUUGAAACCUCUGAGGAUGAAUCUGAAGAAGAUGGAGACCACAACAGAGCAUUUGACAUGGCCUAACAUCAUGUGGGACAAAUGAGCUGCAAACAAUUGAUAUAAAAUAAUUACUUUUGGGGGGGAGGGGAUGCUUAUUAAAAGUACAAUGAAUAUUACUACUUUUAUUUCAAAUGUUGCUGGCUUCAAACUACACUGCUACACCCUGAAACAUGGCCAGUGAAAAUGAUAUGUUCACAAACUGGCAGGUUCAUGUUGAUUUUCCCUUGAGGAGAGUGGGAAAGUAUUAGCUUUGUUUCAAGUAUUUAAUUCCCCUCCCUUCAUUUUGUGUUCUGAUUAUUGUAGUCAGAUUAUAUUUAUGGAAGAUUAUUCAAUUUCAGUUUUUUCCCUUGUUAGUAAAGAGAUUGGAUACUUUUGAACAUGGGAGGGAGAGGCGGGUAGGAAACAGCACAGGAUGAUAUUUUUCUGUUUAAACUUCCUUAAGUUGCAGUCUCAUUUUGAUAAUCGAUUCCAGUGUUUAAAAAAAAAAUGGAAGCAAGUGGAACUUUCUGAAAAGCUCUAGUAUUAGGUUUCUAAAACAGAUUUAAACUGUUAAUUCACUUAAACAGCAAUAAAAGAGGACAAAUGUUUAAAUGAUGGAAUUACUAUAUAUUGAUUUGAAAAUCAGAUUGUAUUUGAUAUAUGUGGUAUGCAGAUAUUCCAUUUAGGAAUAUUACAGCUCUAAAUUUUUAUUUCAGAAUUCUCUGCAGAAAUGCAACUUACCAAAAUUAUUGCAAUCUUAAGUAAGCUGUUAAUUAAAGUUUUUUAGAUCCCACAUUCACAGUUAAAACACUGGUUAUCAAUGUGUUUUUUAGUGUUGUCAUUUCUUUACAAAUAAAUACGAUGUAUAUAUAAUUGA